GUGAUUAGACGAGUAAGUACAAUCGGGCGCACUCGCCGCCGACCAAACCACAUGGGAUAUUAUCACAUUUGCUCAUCCUGAAUUUCAAGUGCUUCGAUAUGACAAUGAGGGUAAUAAUUCUGUUCAGCGUGGUGGCAGUAGCGUUAUCAGCACCGCAAGCGCCUGCCGACAAAGUCAUAGCAAUCCUCUCACAAGAGUUCGACCAGCAGCCAGAUGGAUCUUACAGAUUCAGCUACGAGACUGAAAACGGCAUCAAAGCUGAAGAGGCUGGCUCCGUGAAGAAGGCUGCUGGUCCCGAUGCCAGUGACGUCAUCGUCUCGCAGGGUGCCUUCAGCUACACGGCACCAGAUGGCACUGUCAUCAGCCUGAACUACAUCGCCGAUGAUGACAACGGUUUCAAACCAGAGGGCGCUCACUUACCGACCCCCCCGCCAAUUCCGCCAGCAAUCCAGAAGGCUCUCGACUACCUUGCGACCCUGCCUCCACCACCACCCACCAGAAACUAAACCUGCGACCAUCUACCUGACCGAUGCACUGACGACCUGAGCAUCCCACGUACCUGUUACCCCACGAAUACUCGUAUAGUUUUGAAAAGAGAAUUGUAUGCUUAUAAGAAACUUUUUUAUUAACCUUUUUUGUUGGUUUAUGUCUAAUUUUAAAUGUUUUAUAGUGAAGACGAUCUCUUUGUGCAUUAUAUGCAUCAUCAGUCUCUUCAGAUAAGCUAUUUUUUUAUAAAUCUUUAAUAAAUAAUUUGAAAGAAAUAUAAGCAUAUUUAAAUUCUGUUUGCAAAACCAUACUUACAUUUAACAAUAUAUUAUAGUAAGCAAUAAAAAACAUAUAAAAAAGAAUGUACAAUGACUGAACUGUGAUAGAAAAUGAUUGAGUUAACGUAUAAUGUUUGAAUAUUUAUUUAAAUAAAAGCAAAAUCAGUGCCAAAGAUGCAUUGCAAAAAGUAA